CAGACCUCCGUAGCAGAAGACGCAUCGCGACGCUCACUUGUUUUCCAAGUGGGCCCCCCGUAUUUCGGUGCUGGUGGUGACUGUUCGUGGAGCGUUUCUCGCGUACUUUAACGUGCUAUUUUGCCGUGCCAACACGCGUGCUGCAUCCGGACCGCCUUGACGAGCACCAGGACGAGCGCAGCGACGCCCAGAGACUCACCUGCAGGCUCGGGAACGCAGAUCUUUGACAGUGCCCCUCGGCCCGGCGGCGUACGCUCCACGCUCGACGCCCGCUCGACGCCCUGCUGCGCGUAAGCACGCUCGACGCCCACCCCCUCCACCUCCACCAGCGCCAGCUCAGCGCCGCGACUGCCACCACCAGCACCAACUCACCACCGCCUCCGUCGUCGUCGGCGUCGUCGACGUCUGACUCCCUCUUCCUCUUCUUCUUCUUCUUCUUCCCCUCCUCCGCCACUGGCCACCCGACCAAUCAGAACAGCAGCAGCAGGCAAAGAUGGCGGCCUUCGUAGCGAAACAGAUGGUCGGCAACAAGCUGAAUGCAGUUAAAGGUGCCGUUGGUGGUGACGACGGCGAUGGCGACGACAAGGAAAAGGAAGAGGAGGCCGAAAGGGAACGGCAAGAGGCCAUCCGGGAGGCGGAAGAGCGGCGCAAGGAGAAGCACCGCAAGAUGGAGGAGGAGCGAGAGAAGAUGAGACAGGAGAUCCGUGACAAGUACAACAUCAAGAAGAAAGAGGAGGUCCAGGAGGCUCCUCCACCGGAGCCCGACAACCCCUUGAUGCGCAAAAAGAAGACCCCCGAAGAGCUGGCGCGUGAAGCAGAGGCUGAGGACCAAGAUGACUUCACUAGUGAGUCACAGCCCCGCCAGGGCCGCGGCAAAUUGAAGAACUCUAUAGAAACUCAAGUGAACGAACUUAAGACGCAGAUUGAAAGCAAAUGCUCGCUCCAGUGAACCCGUACCCAGGAAGCCCCGAGCAAACCAGAACCAGCAAAGAAUCGUCGAGAUUUCGAGGACAACCGUCUGCCUCCAGCGGUGCAACUGCCCUUGCUCUAUGGCAUUACUAAUUUAAAAACACCCAACCUACUCUCACACAUUGAAGACAGAGAAGCGCUGUUACUUUGAAUUUUAUUCCCAUUAUAUAAAACGUGUUAAUUUUGAAUUGAAAAGUCAUUAAAUCAUUUUAUUUUAAUUUACUAAUUAAUAAGUGUUCAUAUUCAAAAAGAAUUUAAAUGAUUUAAGUUCUGUUCAACUUUUGUUGUUAGAAUUGGACAUAAAUCAUAAUUUUUCAUUUGUUGUGCGUUUCGCAACAAACGUUGUUAGAAAUUUAGAAUUGUUAAGAGAAAGAUGAUGUUUGUACACUUUUGUAUAAGAUAUACCAUUAAAGCUGUAAUUGUAACAAUAGUUGGAGUUGAUGGUGCAUAUUAGAUGUAUCGUGGUGAUGCGAAGGCUGUCAAAAUCCCCAGCGCGUUGUUUUUGUUUUGUUAUGUGACCACAAUGUUUGCAGCCGCAUAAAAUAGAAUUUUGCAUUGUUGUGCAUGCCCGUUUAGAAAAGCAGCAUAUUUCUAUAAAUGUAUUUUUCAAAUGUCAAACCAAUAUUUUCAUAGAGUUUCGUUGUGUCAUAAGUAUUCAAUGCUCAAAACGAGUACUCAGUUUGAUUUGUGGAUUUUGUUAUUGGUAGGCAAGGAAGGGGCGUGAUCGCAGAUGUGUUGAAGGCGAAAUCACAAUCAAGACACUGCUGUGCUGCAGUAUGCAAUUUGUUUUUGUUGCUAAGCUGUUAAAAUCUGCAUAAAGAACGACUACGACUGGCAAAAAUGUGUGGAUUCCAAGCGAUUUAUCUGUGAGAGGGCAAGAGCUAAGAUUGAGGAUAAAAUCGUCUUACUUUCGGUGCCCGCCGUCUUGUUCUUCCACGUGAUUAUUUUUCCUGUUGCAGGUGUAACUUAUUGGAUUUGACUUUAAAGGCUUGAAUAUGUAAUAAGCUACGGUGUGAUGUCCAUACGUAAACAGUGACUUCACUUUUUGUUGAGUUUAUUGCCAAUUUAUGUUUUAUUAAUUUAGUAGGUUAAGGAAAUGAAUGACUGCUAAGCUAAGGUGAGUUUGAGCCACUAGGAGUCGGCGCAUCACCGGGACUGUGGUGCUAACAACGAAAGCAGUGCUCAAUGCGUGAUGAAGAUUGAAAAACAAAUAAACAAAUGUUCACAUACCCACUGUUUAGCUGCUUUAGCUUCUCCAAUAAAUUAAUUUUGUGGGCGGUGUCAAAAAACUAUGAAGCAUUGCCAAGAGUUAAAGGCACUGUGGUGAUGCUGCUAACAUUGUUGCAUUUCGCGUUGCGACUGGGAUCCGGAUCUUACUUUCCUCUAUGUCUUUUUUUCUGGCCUAAGAGCCAGAACUUUCACACUUAUCAAAAUAAACUAGUAACAAGACUUACGGCAGUACUAGUCGCCACUGUAGGGUUAGUGGCGGUAAUUGAAGCAAUAAAACGCAUGGAAUAACUCCAAGGCAAUGUUUUAUAUCAGUGAACUGCUUGUUGGCGGGAAAAUGUUUCACCGUCGCCUGUUUUCACGUGCUCUUCCUUUGAAAAAUCUGCCUGCGGCAAAAUCCUGUCAUUUCUGUGAUUUCCUAUCUUUCGCUUUGUAUGCUUGAACUAAGCGCGGCAACAAUGCGUUGUGCGAUUCUACGUCUAUGCCACACUCUUUCUAUUUUAAAUCUUAUCUUUCUCUUAAUAAUGAAGUAAUAAUUAAAUGCGUGCAUAAAUAUUUCUCCACGUUUGGUAAAAACAAGUAGAGUUUUCCUUUAACUUCUCUGACUGCGAUGACAUUGACUGACUGACGGAACUUACAACAAUGGUCGACCGGGGUCUUCUCGUAAGGGUGCUGGUAAACCCGUUUCAACAGCUUUUUGAAUCGAGCCUAUUUUGCCUGUGAACGAUGUCAAUUCAGAAUAACUUAUAUCAGCAUUCCAUUUUUAUUUUAACUGCUCUCUAAUUUAUUUUCAUGUAUUCAUUGCAUAUUACUAUUCACUUUGUAUAUAUCUCUGUAUUCUAUUUUUUUCCACAAUGUCCUGAGAACACAGCCCAUUUUCCGUGUUAUAAACGAUGAAGAUAUUUUUUUUGGUUGCGUUAUUGUGUGUAUCGUGGUUUUUGUCUAGUAUGCAUUUAUAGCAUGCUACGAAUUGUUGCGAUAUACAAUGAAAGCUUUAGCAGCGUGCUCGCAAAAUACAGUAAGCCGUAAAAAGUUUAGCAAAAUCACAUAGAGUGAAGUAAUAUAGGUUGUAGCAGUAUAAGAGACACUGUUGGGAACCCCUCACCUUACACUAAGCGGACUAAACUGAAUAUAGACGUGCAGUCAUCUUGAAACUCUGUCCUGUCCUUUCAUCUUUUCUUCCGAGUGCUUUACUCGUGUUAUCUUUCAUUUCAACCACACUCUAUUUAUUUACCCGGUAUCCUGGUACUAAUAACAAAUUUUCUCCUACUCAAAAUAAAGGAUCUGGCUUGUGAACCAAAUCUGUUAACAUAGUUGUCAAAAUCUCCCUUAAUGUAAUAAUAUGAUGGCGAAGACGAUCGUGUUGCUCAUCUUAAUAAACCAGAAAGGUGGAGUUCUAAUUUAAUUCCCAGUUUAGUGUUGUAAAGUUUACAUAUUGCAUGUAUCAGUAUGUAUACUUGUUCACUUAUGAUAGUCGUGACAAAUACUACUUGUAUUUUGGCGGUUGUCUCCACGUGUCUUUUAAAGUAUUGUUCACACUUGUAAGUUAGAAUAAAGUUAUUAAUUGUUGAUAUAUGAAUGAAUAUAUUGAAGAGAGUUGUUGUAUGCUCCCUCCGUUUGUUUCGAUUUAUACUGCCCUGUCUAUCUUUUCCACUUGUGCUGACAGUUUGGAGUUUGAAACCUGAACAAAUUCCGGUUUUACAUUCAUUAAAAACGUGUGAUGUAAGCACUUAAUGGAAGUAGAAAAUUAUAAAUGGCUGAACGAAGUGUAGAUUAGCAUUAUAAUCAUAGAGAGAAAAGUUUUAACGUCAGCCUGUGUAGCUUACGCUUAACAGGUAUUCUGCGGUAAUUUUUAAAAUUGAAGAAACCUCAAAUGGAAAACUAAGUGCGAAAACCCAAAGCUUAAAAAUGCCCAACCUAAUAUACAAAUAUGCAAAGCAGGGAAAAGUGCGAUUGGUGGUUUUACAUAAUAGGCCAUUUCCUGGAAGAGUAAUUGGUGUGCAUUUGGAUGUGUACUACAACGCUGUCAAAUACCGGAACCUUUCAAACUUUUCUCUAUUUGAUUCUCUGCAACUUUGCAUCUAAAUGAGUUAUAAAAUGUUGCUGUGAUAUGCGCCGUAGUGUUUUCCAAACAGGGUUUGCAGUGGGUGUGUGUCCUCGUUUCUUGUAACCAUAUCGGAGUCAUGGUGUUUCGUGAUAGUGGAUGCUAAGACAACGACGGUAAAUUCGUUGAACGGUGUUUUAAAAUUGCUGAGAAAUUGCUAAGCUAGCCAAAAAAUUAUUUGGCAUGAUUUGCUAUGAAUAGUUGACUGCUGUAAAUGCCCAGACAUUAUUUCUAUUGUUGUUAUCACUACUGAUGUUGAUAAAUAAUUUUUCCCAUACAUGAUGUAAAAUUAGAUUGUAGUUUAGGAAAUCUUCAAAACUGUAAAUUUUACCUUUACAAGUGGAAAACGUGAGCAAACACAAGAGAUGUAAUGUAGGGAGCCUGUUGGUUAAAUAAUAAUUGUUGUUAAACAUAA